UCUGUGCCAUCCCACACGUCGUCAUACCCUCCUUCAGACGCUGCUGAGAGCUUCUGGUCCCGCACGAACUGCUCCCGAGGCUAUCCCGCUCUAGUUGAUUGUAUACCACCCGCAACACCACCCGAUCGUCAGUCCCAGCAGCGCCGAUGGCUAAACACAACGCGAUCAUUUUCGGCGGUGUGAAUACUUGCGCUCGCGCUCUGGCUGCCUACCUCGUACCAUCUGAUGGAGAGUCUCUUGUAGAGAACCUCCGGAUAGUUGACAAGUACUCGGUCUCACCACCGACUACAUAUCUUGGCGCGGAGUUCAAGCAAGUGCUGGAAAAACCCAAUGUAACUUACCGCCAGGCGAAUUUGACCGUAGCCUCCACCGUUGCGACAUGUUUCGAUCCUCCGGAGGGCCAGGAGCCUUACUCGUACGUGUUCGACUUGACAGGCGAGGUACAGUGGGAUCGGCCGGAGGCGGUGCAGAUCAACAAUACGCUUCGGAUGGCGCGACACGUCGGCCUGGAGGCGGCAAAACGCGGCGUGACGGCGUACGUGCGCAUCAUGCCCCCGUUCUACGAGUGCAAGGACAAGGGCGCGCACGACGAGAAGGAUGACCCGAAGCCGGACGGUGUGAUCGGUACGUGGUGGCAUGAGACGAUGAGGACGCUGGGGGCAAUUGAGGGGCUGAACCUCGUCAUUCUGAGGAAGGCGCUGGUGUACGGACCGUACAUUGAUUAUGGACCCAUCAUGUCUUCAAUCUCUAUGGCGGCGGUAUACGGCUAUCUGAAGCAGCCUGUCAAGGGCCUGUGGUCGCCGGGCAAGCACCCGAUGCACACAGUCCAUGUCGAGGACGUUGCGGGUGCGUUCUGGGCGUGCGCAGAGUGGAUCGCAAGCGUUGGCGGGCGCGCGAAGGCCGACGAGCUCGCAGGCGAGGAGAUCCCCUUCCACAAUGACAAGAGCAAGGUGUCGGAGAUCAGUGAGAUGGUUCCGCCGGACCGCAAGGUCGUCGCUCCGUUCUUCAACGUGGAGGAUGACGGGCAGCUCGCGAUGGUCGACAUUGCGACGCGCGUUGCGAAGGCGUUCGGGACCUCGUUUGAGUUCUUUAACUUCAUGGUGAACACGAUGGCUAAGUUCAAGCUGGAGGACGUGGUAGAGGACAUCAACGAAGCGCAUGUAUCCGCGUGGACGACGAUGAUCACGGAGGCCAACCCACCCGUGCCCAAUACCCACUUCAGCGCGUACACGGACAUUUACAACCUGAAGAAGCACGUCAUCGCGUUCAAGGCGGAUAAGCUGAAGCGCCUGACGGGCUGGAAACCCAAGCACCCGGAGCUCACGGAGGACGAAGUCCGCGACCUCAUCGCAAAGCUCAAGGCGGAAGGCAGCUGGCCGAACAACGACUCAUGAUCGCGCUCCCCAUGGCACGGAUUCCGGAACUCUGCUCUCUCGCUCUCCUUACAAACUCGAGCUUCGACGCGCAUCGUUAUUAUGGGCUCUCUGUGUGCUGGCGCGGGUGUUGAUGACAACGACGAUAAUGAUGUGGCAUGAAUUCAUCUGGAUGUGCUGUUUGGUUGAUUCUACCGUUCUUCGACUAUUUUGUGCUGACUCUCCCCCCUAUCUCUUUAUCUCCCCGUCUCUUCGCAGUUCUCACAUAUACAUAUUUCUGUCAAAGGUAUCUUACAGUCCGCGUCGAUUUGUCCCGCUUUCGCUAUCCACGCGUCUUAAUGUAGUUGCUGUCGGCCAUUAGGGCUGUAAUACUAGCGUCGCUAUUUGUAUCGAAGCUAGAUUU